GCCACAUUGAGACAUCGACUGUUGUGUUGUCGCGAUCAAGCUCAGCUCUUCAUUCCAGUUUUGUAGUGUGUAGAACUGAUGUGUUUUCAGGAGUUUGUUUGUCUUUCCUCCCAAAACUACCCAAAUUCAUUGAAGCUUGUUGGCCGAGACUUCAAAAUUUUAAAGGGACCAUGGCAUCUGGAGUUCACGCUGUCGCACUCCGGCUUAAACAGGCAAAAAAGAAGAAAUUGUUGCUGGAUCAGCAACAGCAACAGCUGGGCUUGAAGCCACCAUUGGAUAGAGUAACAAGCGUCCGCAUCGUCGAACCUAACAGAUCGGUAUAUGGAAAAUUGAAUUUCUUUCACUGCCGUACCUCGACACAAAUUAUAGGUCAUUCGAAAAGCCUCGUGUAACAUCCCACAUUUCCCAAUAAAACCUGCAAUAAUGUCGCGUCCCAUUCGCAUGUGGGGACUCUCCUCUCCUCCCAGCAUCGUCAUCCAUGCCCAUCACGUUAUCGAUCGAGGCUUGAUUGAAUAAAAAAUGAACUUCUUCCCUUCUCGAUCCAAGCCUCGCAGAUCGUGUCAAGGAUGGGAUGUUACUUCCGAUGUGUCGGGAACGGAAGGAAGGGCGAGCAAUGUGGAUCACCGACAGAUGGCCGAUAAAGCCUACCAAAAGUGGCGAAAUAAGCAAAAAAUCGCAACUUCACUUAAUGCUACAGUGUUUCGGAAAAGCUAUAUUGCUGCAGGACAAUCAAAUAAUUUCGAUACGCUUUUAUGGUUCGGUUUAACCGUUCUGUUAACGGGCACCAUAGUUAGCUUCGUCGGGCUUGGUGAAAAGGGUUUCCGGACCAGCUAUUUACGUCUCAUGGGUCCCAUCUUAUGUGGUACUGGUUUGGCAGUUGUUAUCAUUCGUAUCGGAAUUUGUUGCGUUAACGGAAGAAAAAAGGCUACCACCCAAUUUUAUAUUAGAGACCAAUUAGCAAAAGUGGUCACUGUCCAGCAGGCUGUUGCCGUCCGUUCUAUUCAGUACAAGUCUGCUGAGGGACCCCCAGGAAUUCCGUCCAUACGGAUUGAUCCAAGUUGCGAUUCUGGUAUGAUGAAAAGUAGUGUUACAGCUGGCACAGACUUAUCACCAGAGGGAAGUCCGGUGUUAUCGGGAGAAAAUGUUCCCUUGAUCGAUAUUGAAUCGGCCGAACAUACCUCUACUAGGAAUAUGACGAUAGCCGUAAUUGAAAGCGAGUGUAUAUCCAAGCCAGCCGAUGCAAGCCGUCCAGUAGACUUCACCGGAAAUUGGAGAAAAUUGCGGGAUGCUUCGAACUCGGAGUUGGCGCUGAAUCCUUCGUCCCUAGCUACGCAUGAAAAUAAAAGCUAAUCAUUAAUUUAACCGCACGAAAAAUUGCCAACCGGUCACUGAAAAAUCAUAAUUUUUAUGGUUAUGCACACGUGUGGGGUUGACUGUUUGUUAAAACUCAUAACCACAAGAAUCUCGCUUAUCAUACUCACCUUAUAUGUCGUUUGAUGUUUUGCAUUCAAGUCAAUUACUUAAUGUGCAUCCAUAAAUGCCAAAGAAAUGUUCUUUUCGUACUUACAAAUGCCGAGUUUCGCAGAAACAUUUUUUAAUGUG